AUGUCGGCUACUCAAACUUUGACAUUAGAGGAAAUAGAACUGCCAACACUUAAUUAUGGCGGAGGCGAACAGAGCAGAUCACAGACAAGACAGGGGUCCAAGGAGGAGCUCGGGCUUGUAGGGUUGGUAGAACCCACCGAAGUUCGACCAGUCAAUGUCACCGCAGAGCUUCCACCCAUGGACAAAGGCUUUCAUGCAUACGCAUUCCUAGCUGGUGGUUUCUUUGUUGAACUACUCAUCUGGGCCCUCCCAUUCACAUACGGCGUUUUCCUGAAUCACUACACAACCCAUCAUCUAUUUGAUGGACCAGAGGAAUUCCUGCUUCCUCUGGUUGGUACAUUAUCCUCUGGAAUUAUAUACCUUACUUCAGUCUUUGUUAUGCCUCUCUUGACGAGAUAUCCGCAACAUCGUCAGAAUAUGAUGCGGGCUGGGGCAGUUCUAUGCGUUGCUGCAAUGAUUGGGGCUGCUUUCUCAACCCGAGUUUGGCAUUUGCUGCUCACACAGGGGAUCCUCUAUUCGAUCGGAGGAACUAUUGUAUAUUUCCCGAUGCAGAUGUAUGUAUUUGAGUGGUUCCAAGAGCGGCGAGGUUUGGCCAAUGGCUUAAUUUUCUCGGGAACCGGACUCGGUGGCGUUGUUUUACCAUUCGUAGUUGAGAAGCUGCUUAUCGCUUAUGGACUUCGCACAACCUUUAUCGCUCUCGCAAUCGGUUAUGCUCUGCUACUAUCGGCCGCCCUACCAUUUGUGAAGGGUCGACUACCACCAUCUUCGUUGAUCAUUCCACAACAACGUUCCGACUGGUCUUUCCUACGAAACCCAGAAUUUAUAGUGUUAUUUGCAGGAAAUUUCCUACAAGGUCUCGGAAAUUUUGUACCAGGCAUUUGGCUCCCCACCUUUGCGUCAGACAUGAAUCUCAGUGUUACCUCAGGAACUUUAGUCGUAUCUCUAAUGAAUGCUGCAGCUGUCCCAGGUUCCAUCGCUAUUGGCUUCGCAUCCGACAGAUACGAUCUGCGCAUAGUGAUGCUCACAUCAAUGCUCGGGUCAUCGCUUUCGGUUCUUAUCUUAUGGGGGCUCGCCUCCAAUCUUGUGAUGCUUGCAGCCUUUGCUCUUGUGUAUGGAUUCUUGGCCGGAGGCUUCUCGGCCCUUUGGACGAAAUUUGCAUCGACCCUAUCUCAGGAUAAUCCUCAGACAAUUGCCCGCCUUAUGUCUAUCUUUGUGGCAGGACGAGGGGUAGGGAAUGUACUUGCAGCUCCGAUCUCCACUGGCCUACUCCGCUCCGCGUUGGUCAAUGGAAAACAUGCCUAUGGUCUUAAAAACUAUGGUCCUUCCUGUUUGGGUGACAUAGGGGUGCUAUGCGGAAGCAAAUACGCUCAGAAACGCCCUUCUCCAGUCGCGACUCCUGCUCCGCCUCACGCGUUACAGAGUACCAUCAUCGCCAUGAACUCCCUUCAUACCAUCCAGUCACACUUCUGGGCUGUUCGCGAUUACAUUAGCCCGGUCUUGAAAGAGAGCAAAUUCAAGGAGCAUGGGAGGAUAACGCCUGAGGAAUUCGUGGCUGCUGGAGACUUCCUUACUUAUAAGUUCCCUGUGUGGUCCUGGGAGAAGGGAGAUGCUUCAAAGGCACGCGAUUAUCUCCCAGCAGACAAGCAAUACCUUGUGACUCGUAAAGUCCCAUGUUUGCGCCGGGCAACAUCACUCGCAUAUACCGACGCGGAUGAGGAUGCGGAGAAGCUCCUGUCCUUUGCUGAAGAUUCGGGAAAGGGCGAUGAAUGGGUACAAACACAUGCGGGUCGUCCGGCAGCUGAUGAUGCCUCAAAGGCUGGAGAGAUUCACGAUAUUCCUGACAUUGAUGGGAACACAAACGAACUCACCAAGGAUAUGAAUGCACUAUCGGUUGAACAAGAUGCCCCAGACUUUGACGACAUCCCAGACAUGGAGGAAGAGGGGCUUGAGGCAGCCGACGAGGCGACUGCCAAACCCACGCCCGCCGCCCCGAUCGAAGUUGCUAAGGGCAAUCUUCUUCAAGUACGAACUUACGAUGUUAUGAUUACUUAUGAUAAAUAUUACCAAACUCCAAGAAUCUGGUUGCUCGGGUUCGACGAGAACGGAACGCCCCUCACUCCCCCACAAGUAUUCCAAGACGUUUCCGCCGAUCACGCAUUCAAGACUGUUACCAUUGAAUCCUUCCCCCAUAUCUCUAGCCUGUCUGCUGCUUCUGUUCACCCUUGCAAACACGCCGAUGUUAUGAAGAAGGUUAUCGAGAGGAUGAAUGCAGGGGUCGUAGAGGAGCAGAAGAAACGACAAGGGACGACCUCGAGCUCUAAAGGAGGUAAACGCAAGUGGUUAGGAUUGAGGAAGGGUAGUUCAGCGACUCCUGCACCAGAGGAGCCUAAGAAGGGAUCCACUUUGGGGCCAGGGGGCGAAGAGGGUGCAGAAGAGGCCGAAGGCAUGCGGGUCGACUUCUACCUCGUCGUAUUCCUCAAGUUCAUUGCCAGUAUCGUUCCGACCAUCGAGGUUGACUCUACUACGGCAUUCUAG